AUGCAACUGCAAUACGCCAUCGCCACCGCCACCGCCACCCACCACCCACAACACUCAAACACCCGGCGGCUGCUGUUGCUUACCACCACCAUCACUUUUAUUGUCGCCACACUGCUGCCCACCCACACGCUAGCCGCCUACAAUAGCGACCUGUCCGAUAGCCCUGCUGACGUAACCGAAUCAACUGAAAAUGACAGCUAUGCCGGCAACAGUUACGCCAGCAACAGCAACAAGUACAGCAACAGCGGCAGCAGGAAAUGCGACAAAAACCCACUGGCUGCACUCACCUUCCAGCUAAGUGGCAACAAUCUGCGCUGGCCUUGCGAAUCGACCAAGAACAUUUACGUACAAUCCGGCCGCUAUGUGCCGCGCAAUGUGAUCGUGACGCGCGCUCAGCUGCAACGUGAUGACGCUUUCGUCGCAUUGCCACGCUACAAACAGGGUGUGCCAUUCACAUUGGGACGCGUGCAACUGAAGAAGGGCGAAUGUGUGGCGAAGAUAGCGCCCUAUCCAUGCUGGGCCAUUCAAGAGGAGGGCAAUUGUCAGGCAUUGCAGUCUGUCGUCGAUAUCGUUGUGGAUGCGAAUGGUCUUCUUUGGGCCUUAGACGUUGGUCUUGUAAAUACGCUGGAGCAACCGAUACGUCGCUGCGGUCCAAAGAUCGUGGCAAUCAACACUGCUGACAACAAAGUAGUAAAAAGCAUAGAUUUGAGUGAUCUGGUGACUGCCGAAUCUCGUUUGCAAUUCAUCGUGGUGGACUAUUCAAAGGAUAAUAAGCCUUUUGUCUACGUUGCGGAUGCGGGUGCGCGCAGCAUACUUGUCUACGAUAUCUCUGACAGCAAAUCGUAUCGCAUCGUUUUGCCCAAAGCAACUGCACCCACGACAGAUGUGCUCUACAUGGCACUUACAACGAGUGCAGAUGGUACUUCGACACUCUACUUUACCUACCUCAGCUCACCACGUUUGUACUCCAUACGCGGUCAGUACUUGCGUGUUGGCCAGGGUGCCGGCUCGAUUGUGGACGUAGGCGCUAAGCCUUAUGGCAAGCAAAUGGUACUACUCGGCGCAGAUGGUGGCACGAAUUUAUUCUUCCGUUAUAAGGGUGAGAAUGAUAUUUACAUGUGGAACUCGGAGACUUGCUUCAAGGCAGCCAAUUUACAAGAUGUACAACACGGUGGUGAUUGUCGUCUGUCGACGCAGGUGCUCCCAGGUCACAAACGCUUCAUGUGGGCAUUGGAGAGCAAUUUCCAUGAUUUCAUAUCCGAGCGUACGGGCUGUAAUGGCGCGUCGAUCGUGUUGCAUCCUGUUGUGCGCGAAUGCGAUGAUUGAACCGCGGCGUUGGUGUAUUAGAUUUAAGUGACUUGUGUAAAA